GCCUUGGCGGAAGAGUUCAGGCAACUCAGUGUUCGCCUUCGUGGCGUAUUAGAUGUAUCUACCAAGGACCAAUCCCCACAGAUCCGGCAACUGACCAUGCAAUGGAAUGAUGUCAUCUCCCGCAUCCGCAUGCUGCCUGACUUUUCCCGGUUUCUCCUGCCUCCGCUGUUCUCUGACCUCCAGAAGGCGGCGGAAGGUGGACCAGUCAUUCUUGUCAAUGCAGGCCUGCGCAACUGUGAUGCCUUCAUUGUGCUGAGUGCCAAAGACCCUGUCCACGUUCCACUUGAUAUCACACAAGCCGAGGUCUCUAAAUUGUCGUCCGAAUUCCAGUCGCUCAUAGAGCAUGGCGGUUCCUCUGAUCAUGAACUUGAAUCACACAAGAUUGUCGGUGUCCUACGCGAGCUCUGGGAUCGUGUUGUUAGCCCCGUGACUCAAGCUCUCAAGGUGUUGGUUCACCCUGGAUCACGGAUCUGGUGGUGUCCUACCGCUGAGUUCACAUUGCUUCCUCUACACGCAGCGGGGCCCUACGAGAAGAAAAGCCAUAAUUUUUCUCACUUUUACAUCUCCUCGUACACUCCAACUUUGGCAGCGCUCAUUCGCGCGAGGCAACAGGUUUCUCGAGAUGCAUCCGUGCAGCACUUUGUUGCCAUUGGUCAAGCAAAUCUGGAUACAGGAAAGGAACUUCGAUGUGUCGCUGCUGAGUUAGCCUCAGUUGCUCAGUGUGUCGCACCCGUCCUGUCCUUCACACCGCUCGCGGACAGCAAUGCAACUGUCAGGGGAGCAUUCAAUGCAUUAAGCCGCAAUCAGUGGGUUCACCUAGCCUGCCAUGGAAUGCCGAAUCGAAAGCAACCAUUUGAUUCUUCCUUCGCAAUGCGCGACGGACCUUUGACAAUCCGGGAGAUCAUCCGAUCUCGGUCGCAAAAUCCGGAGUUUGCAUUCUUAUCAGCUUGCCACACCACCGUGGGCGAUGAUUCGAGCCCUUAUGAGGCUAUCCAUCUCGCUGCUGCGAUGCAAUUCUCCGGAUUUCGCAGCGUGGUAGGUUCCAUGUGAUCUGUCGACGACGACGUUGCACGCCAGAUCGUUCCUGCUUCGUAUGACAACCUCGUUGAUGGUUCAGGAAGAUUGGAUUGCACGCGCGCUGCAGGAGCGUUGCAAAAGGCUGUGAAGACGUUGCGCAAGAAGAAGAUUUCAUUGGAACAGCAGAUCGUAUUUGUUCACAUAGGCGUCUAGUUUGCUACUCGGUCGCUGUAUUUCUUUUUUUGCUAUGAUCUAUAUGUAAGGAACCC